GGGGGAAUCGGGACCCUACAGUGCAAUGCAAUGCAACGGAGCUGGGAGCUGCAGCUGGGAGCACGGAGCAGCACAGGGCUCCAUUCUGGGAAGCAAAACGCUCUGCAGCUGCAAAAGGGAACAGAACCCACAGGGAACCCACAGGGAACCACAGGGAACCACAGGGAACCCACAGGGAAGCACAGGGAGCCCCCGCUCCGAGCUGAGCCCCAACAGCUGCACCCACGUCAACGAGCCGCUCGAUGGGGCUUUACCUGCAAAGGGGGAACGGCCCAAACGCUGCCGAGCGACGGGGGGUGGGGGGAGCUGAGCAGUAACGGGGCUGUAACCACAUGGAGGGAGCUCCAUCGGCUGCUGCAGGUCAGUUCAUGGCUGAUGCUGCAGCUCCCAGUUGCUGCUGCAGGACGUUGCACGGCUGCUCCUGUGCAGGACGCUGCAGCUGGAUGCAGUGCUGGGCUCCUGUGCAGGACGCUGCAGCUGGAUGCAGUGCUGGGUUCCUGUGCAGGAUGCUGCAGCUGGAUGCAGUGCUGGGCUCCUGUGCAGGACGCUGCAGUGGGUCGCAGUGCUGGGCUCCAGGUGUGGGCAGGACGGAGCUCCAGGGACCCUCCGGAGCUGUGCAGGGUCCUUCAUGGGGGAUCGGGGCAGGUCCUUCAAGGUGCAGAGAUCACUGAGAUUCUCCUCUUGGGCCGCAGAGGGACCUUCCCACAUGGAGCUGCUCGUCCUGGGGCUGCACGAGGUCCCUCCGGUGCAGGACGAGCUCCCGGAGCUGCGGGGUCCCUCAUGGAGACGUUCUGUGCCGGAGCUCGGGGGUCCUUCAAUGGGGAUGGGCCUUCGGGGGCUCCCAGCCGCCUCCUAUGGGCGCUGCUCUCCCAGCGCCGCACACAGCAGAGCCCCCCACCCAACCCCCCCCAGCCUCUCUCUGAGCUCUGGGUUCAGUCCCCGCCGGGCUGUGAGGAGGGGCUGAGCUGCCCCCCCCCAGCAGUGGGGUCUCACAGCAGAACCGAGGACGGCUCCGGGAUCCUCAGCCCCCCCAGCAAACCUCACGGUGAGGAUUUCAGCCACAACAAAAAGAGGGGAAAAAAAAGGAAAAAAACAAACGAAAAAGGAAAAAGGAGACGAGGCGGCGGAUCCUUCCGCAGGCACCCGCUGCUCCCAUCCAUCCAUCCCGGCGUGGGGAGCCGACGCGGCGGCCGAUCCUGCGCUGCUCUCCAUCCCCUCCGGCAGCUCCGCUCUGCGCUCCGGGGCUGAACG